AUGGACAUGGCAAAGGAAGCAGAAGAAGAGAUUUACUUUUUUCUUUCUGUGUGUGUCGUGUGUACAAGUAGAGGGGCUAGCAGUUGGCUUAAAGAUGUUUAUAACUAUCUUUCAACUGUCAACUGUGUACAGGGAUGCCAUCGCUUAAGAGGAAGGAGGGCUGGGUCAUCACUUUAUCUUGAUGUACAUAUUGAGGUUGAUCCUUUCUGUAGUGUUAGCGCAGCACAUGACAUUGGAGAAAAGGUUCGUCAUCAAAUUCAUAAAUCUCAUCCUGGAGUCUCCGAGGUUUUUAUACACAUAGAUCCUGCACUUCCAGUAAUUUCCCCCGAUGUAGCUGAGCCAAAAGAAUUUGCUGGACUUGCACACCAGAGUUCUCCUACAACAGAGGAUAAAGACAUUGAUGCAGCUGUUUCCAGUAUCAUCUCAGCUAAAUUUGCCGAGAAAAUGGCCGUAGAGCGGGUAACACACCACUUGUUGCAAGGAAAGAAGUUUCUCCAAAUCCAGGUUUCCAUGCCCCCAGACAUCUUGAUUCGGGAUGCAAUGGACAUGGCAAAGGAAGCAGAAGAAGAGAUUUCGAAAGUAGCAACAAAUAUUAUUCAUGUGAGCAUUCAGCUACGUCUAGGAAGUCCAAUCCCACAACUCAACCAUGACUAACAAAACAUAGAAGGCAGGCAGAGGCAUCUCUGACAGAUUCCUUAAUAAUAGUUUCUGGGUCUACGGAUUCAGACCAGCAUUAGUUUCUGGGUCUACAGAUUCAGAGCAGCAUUAGAUUUCAAAUGGUAAUUGGGUA